AAAACCAGAAUAGAUCUGAAUGCAGAUCACAACCACAAUCUGAAGUGACUUAUUGCAACAGUCUUUCCCAACAAAUGUCCUCAAAUGUUUAAUUUGGGCUUGUUUGCUCUUUCACGAAUCAAUGCAGAAUGACAACAGGACAGAUGUUAAAGUGCAAAGUUUGUGAAAAACACAUUGCCUGCUGAUUCAACGGCACAAGACUGCCAUUCCACACUGGUGCCCGCAGGAAUAAACCUCUCCAACAUGCGGCUCUUGUUCCUCACGCUGUGCGUUUUCCUCGUCCCGUUGCCUACGUUUUGCGGCAUUAAGCCAUUGGCCGGGCAUUUUGAGCCAGAGCCAGAGCCCACGGAUAUCCUGCUUGAACCGCGGUCCAAUGUGGACGCUGAAGGCCCCCACACCGAGAGCAUCCAGCUGCAACUGCACGAGGACAACACGUUGACUCAAGACCUCCCAGACAUGGAGGACGACGACUACCUGGACUUUAAUUCCUUGUUUGCCGAGGACGACGAUGACUACAUCGACACGAUUGACGAGAUCGAGGAGCCGGUGACGGACGCACAACUUGAGCCUCUGGACCCGGUGGCCAGGAGAGCCAAAUUGCUGAAGCUGUUCCACGGCAGAACCAGGAUCCAGCGCUUGAACAUGGUCAACGGCAACUUUGCCUUCGGUCUGUACCGGAGCAUACGGAACGAAGUGGGCCCGCUGGAGAACAUACUGUUGGCUCCCGUCGGCAUCUCCACCACGCUGGGCAUGGUCUCUCUCGGCGCCAGGGGGGAGACCCACCACCAGCUGUUCCACGCCCUGGGCUUUGCCGACUUUGUGAACGCCAGCGUCAAGUACGACACCAUGACGGUCCACAACCUCUUCCGCCGGCUGACCCACCGCCUCUUCCGCCACAACUUCGGCUACAUCCUGCGGGGGGUGAACGGCCUGUUCGUGCGACAGGGAUCCCAGGUCCUCGGCAACUUCACCCACAGCAUGAAGACCUACUACUUUGCCGAGGCCCAGUCGGUCAACUUCUCCAACCCCGCCCUGGUCGGCAAAAUCAACCAACGCAUCCAGAAGCUGACCCAAGGACUGAUCAAAGAAGCCGUCGACACCCUAGACCCACACACGCUCAUCAUGAUUCUCAACUGCUUGUACUUGAAAGGAAAUUGGGCGACCAAGUUCCUUAACGAGAGGACGUACAAGGGGGCUUUCUGGCUGAAUGAAAAGGAUUCGGUGAGGGUGCCGAUGAUGCAGACGAGGGGAAACUUCCCGCAGGUUUCCGACCACAAGCUUGAGUGUGACGUCCUCCAGCUGCCUUACGUGGGGAAUGUCAGCAUGCUGAUCGUGCUGCCCCACAAGUUCUCUGCCAUGAAGACCAUCGAAAAGCAGCUGACGUCAGAGGUGGUGAUCAGCUGGUUAAAGAGUAUGACUAACAGAACGAUAAAAGUGGUGCUCCCCAGAUUCAACCUGGUCAAACAGUAUGACCUGGUCCCGUACUUCAAGACUCUGGGUCUGUCGUUGCCUUUCGAACAAACAGCCAACUUCACCGGAAUAUCAACUCAAGACAAUCUGGUCAUUAACAUGUUCCAACACCAGGGAUCAAUCACGGUCAACGAGGAAGGAACGACCGCAGAAUCCGUGACGACAGUUGGCUUCAUGCCCCUCUCCUCGCAGAAUGAGUUCGCAGCAAGGAGACCCUUCCUCUUCCUUAUAUAUGAGCACCGUACAGAAUGCCUGCUCUUCAUGGGCCGAGUGACAAACCCACUGAAAAACUAACCACGCACUCACGCACGCACUCAAAUUGCUAAACCCUCGAUAGGCAGCCUAAUUACAAUAAUUUUUUAGACCUAACAAUAGACAAUAGGUGCAGGAGUAGGCCAUUCGGCCCUUCAGUCAAUUAUGCCGACAGUCGCUGAAAAAAAUCGCCAAGUGGGACAGGCCCUCAAAUCUCAAUACUGGGGCUGGAGUACACAAUUCAUCUUUGUCCACCAGCAAGCCAAAUGAAAUGGCGAUAUUUCAUGAAAAAGGGUUGAGUUUUAUAGUGUUUCGGUGCUGGCUCGAAGGGCCGAAUGGCCUCCUCCUGCACCUAUUUUCUGUUUCAAUGUAUUCUAAUUUGUGUCGCAAUUAAAAUUAAAUAUCUUUCCUGUGUGUGGAUAUUGCCCCAAUUCAGCAGUGUUUAUCAGUAAAUAUUUUUUAGACAAUAGACAAUAGGUGCAGGGGUAGGCCAUUCGGCCCUUCGAGCCAGCACGGCCAUUCACUGUGAUCGUGACUGAUCAUCCACAAUCAGUACCCCGUCCCAGCCUUCUACCCAUAUCCCCUGUCUCCUCUUUAAGAGAACCUAUCUAGCUCUCACUUGAAAGCAUCCAGAGAACCUGCCUCCACCGCACUCUGACGCAGAGAGUUCCACAGACUCACAACUCUGUGUGAAAAAGCAUUUCCUAAUCUCCGUUCUAAAUGGCUUACCCCUUAUUCUUAAAUUGUGUGUGGCCCCCGGUUCUGGACUCCCCCAACGUCGGGAUUAUCACUCAAAUAAAAGAUACUCCUAGAACCCUAAAUAUUGAUGAUGAGGAGAGGUUAAGCACCUUCUCAUGUUCGGGCUGGCAUGAUUUAGUUGAUAUUCAAGAAGUCACUUACCACCGCAAUGACUGGAAUAAGAACGCCCAAAUUCCCUGCACUGCUUGAAGCCUGAAAUAAAGACAUUUCAAUGAUU